UAAGAAUUAAUACGGGAAUAUUGCGUGAUAAUAUUGAUAAUACAAUAUUUUUCUAUAUUUUUGUAUCAUUAUCUUUGUAUAUAUAUUAAAAGCUAGCGUUAUCACUGAUAAAUUAAUCAGUUGCCUUUGAAUUAAGCUCAACAUUAUUAGUCUAUCAAUAAUUAAAACCGAAAUUUAAUCCGUUGAUUUAUAAAUUAUCAGUGAUCUAUAAAAUGACGAAACUUCCGCCUACUUAUGUCGAGGGUUUUCAUGAUUUGGAGGCAGUAAAAUCGAUGAAAUAUUCAAUUUUAGGUAAAACUGGUCUACUUGUUAGUAAAUUGUCUCUUGGUGGAGGCCCACUUGGUUGUCAUUAUGGAACUUAUGACGAAGACGAAGCUAUUGAAACAAUCAGACAGGCGAUUCGCCAAGGAAUUAAUUAUAUUGAUACGGGCUACUGGUACGGUCAAGGACGCUCGGAAAUAACUAUUGGAAAGGCUUUGCAAGGAAUUCCACGACAAGCUUAUUAUAUUGCAACAAAAGUAGGCAGAUAUGAAUUGGAUUACGAAAAUAUGUUCGAUUUUUCAAUUGAAAAAACACGGGAGAGUAUUAAAAAUAGCCUCGAACGUCUUCAAAUCGAUUACGUCGAUGUCAUACAAGUUCAUGAUAUUGAAUUUGCGCCUUCAAUGGAUAUGAUAAUAACGCAAACACUUCCUGAAGUAUCAAGACAAGUGUCAUUAGGAAAAGCUCGACACAUAGGAAUUACAGGAUAUCCUAUUUCCGUUUUAAAAGAAUGUAUUUUAAAAAGUAAUAUUAAUAUUGCUUGUGUAUUAACUUAUUCCAGAUAUACACUUUUAGAUCAAACUUUGUUGGAGUAUCUUCCAUUUUUCAAGGAACAUAAUAUUGGAGUAAUUAAUGCUGCUGCAGUUAGCAUGAGACUUCUUACUAAUGAAAGACCACCAGAAUGGCAUCCAGCUAGUGAUGAAGUUAAAAAUCAAUGCUCAGAAGCAGCUAAAUAUUGUAAAAGUAACGAAGUAGAUCUUGCGCGAUUAGCCGUUUGGUAUUCGAUGCAGUGUAAUGAUAUUACGACUAAUCUUAUCGGGAUACAAAACAUGAAACAAUUGAAAGUAAAUAUUGACGUCGCUAAUAAUGGUAUCAGUGAUAAAGAAAAACAAUUGUUAGAAAAUAUACAAGCAAAUUUUUUUUCGAAGAUCAAAGGAUCACAUUGGGAAGGCAAAGAAAUAGAAGCUUACAAGAUUGCUAUGGAUAAAUUGAAAAAAAAAUGAUAAAAAAUAAGAAAAAUAUCAUGUUAUUAAGUUUGUAUAUUUAAAUAAAUUUUUAUAGAAUAAA